ACUAAUCUUCAUCUUCACUGUUCUUCACUUUCAUCCUUCAAUUUCAGCUUCUCAGGAAGAAGCAUCUUGUUAGUCUUUAUAAGUGUAAUGCAUUGCUAGCUACAUGGACCAGUACGAAGUGCUUGAGCAAAUUGGAAGGGGGGCUUUUGGUGCCGCCCUUCUCGUACGGCAUAGACAUGAAAGAAAAAAGUAUGUGUUGAAAAAGAUACGCCUUGCCCGCCAAACUGAUAGAACCCGUAGGUCUGCACAUCAGGAGAUGGAACUUAUCUCUAAAAUGCGAAAUCCCUUUAUUGUGGAGUAUAAAGAUUCCUGGGUAGAAAAGGGAUGCUAUGUGUGCAUUAUUAUAGGAUAUUGUGAAGGUGGAGACAUGGCAGGAGCUAUUAAAAAAGCAAAUGGCAUGCUGUUUUCUGAAGAGAAACUGUGUAAAUGGCUUGUACAACUCCUAAUGGCGCUUGACUACUUACACUUAAAUCAUGUUCUUCACCGUGAUGUUAAGUGUUCAAAUAUAUUCUUGACAAAAGAUCAAGAUAUACGUCUUGGUGAUUUUGGACUAGCCAAGAUGUUGACUUCAGAUGACCUUGCCUCAUCUGUUGUAGGAACUCCUAGUUAUAUGUGCCCUGAGCUUCUUGCAGAUAUACCUUAUGGUUCAAAAUCAGAUAUUUGGUCUCUUGGAUGCUGUAUAUAUGAAAUGACUUCACAUAAGGCUGCAUUUAAAGCUUUUGACAUGCAAGCACUAAUAAACAAGAUCAACAAGUCAAUUGUUGCACCACUUCCAACUAAAUACACUGGUGCCUUUCGGGGCCUUGUGAAAAGCAUGCUGCGGAAAAAUCCGGAACUACGGCCAAGUGCGGCAGAGCUACUCAGGCAUCCACACCUUCAGCCUUAUGUACUUAAGGUCAAUCUUAAACUAAAUAGCCCCAAACGCAGCAGUUUAUCAACCCACUGGCCUGAAUCUGAUUACAUGAAGAAAACAAGAUUUGCGGAGCCAGUUUAUCUUCGGCCAAGAUCAAGGGAGAGGCGGCUAUCGUGUGGCAAUGAUAGAACUUUGAAUCCAAGCAUAUCUUUAGGUGACCAAGGUUCUCCCUUUUCAACCAAACGGGUUCAAGAUUCCCCUCAUUACUUGCAACGAAGAAUGGGAAGGCUGUCUGUUGGAAGCACAUGUGAAGAGUCACCAGUUAGUAAGAAUAUUUCUUCCAAAGCUUCCAUUUCUGCCAAGAACCUUAGGUUUACUUCACCAAAGACCUUGUCUGCUCCUAAAAAGCGAACGGAGCUCUCAAAGGGUCGUGAAACGGUGCAGGAUUCUGAUUCAAGGACUUCAGUAAAACAAUCCGGUCCAACAUCUAGGAGGGCAUCUCUGCCGCUACUAAAAAAAGCCAUAAUCGAAGAUUCCGCAUAUCGAAAGAGCACCGGUUUCCUAGAGUGCCUCAACUCUCUGGACGUUUCCGUCAAUGCCCCUCGAAUUGACAAAAUGGUCGAAUUCCCUUUCACUCCAAACGACGACCACUUUGUCCCCACUCGCCGGACUUCAAUAACCUCCGCACAAGGCUCGUCAUCCCCACAAUGUGAUCGUUCAAUCAUGAAAGACAAAUGCAUGGUCCAAGCCUGUGACACAACAUCCGGCCGGCAGACCUCCCCAACCGCAUGGAAUGGAUCAGGAAGCGAUUGCUCGGACCAAAAUGCAACGGCCGGUGCAUCGAGCCGAACGUCAUCGGACCUCCGGCGGCGGCGGUUCGAUACGUCGUCUCAAAAGCAACGAGCCGAAGCGUUAGAAGGGCUACUUGAAUUUAGUGCCAGAUUGUUGCAAGAGGAAAGAUUUGAAGAGCUUGGUGUGUUGCUGAAACCAUUUGGUCCAGGGAAGGUUUCUCCUAGAGAAACUGCCAUUUGGUUGACCAAAAGCUUAAAGGAAAACACAUUGAAGCAAGAAGAGCAAUUCCAAUGAUGAAUCAAAUGGUUAUGAUCAAAGUUUCAUUUUUAUGAUAUUGUAUGGACAUAUUUUAGUAAUAGAAGGUAACGAUGACGGGUACGGAUACGGAUACGAUAGACGAGGGUUAGAACUAUUUCUCGAAUCUUUUGUACCACGAUACUAAUUCCGGCAUGUAGCGUAAUGACCUUAGUUUAAGUCAUUGUAUCUUUCGACAUCUUUUGUUCGUUAUCUUAACAUUCAUCAGUUUUAA